AUGAAACCAUACCUCAUGAACAUUUCUGAUAAGUAUUUACGCAAAAUAACAAGUAAAGCAAGAAAAAUUCUUAAGCUAUUCGGAUGGGAAUAUGAUACUAUAAUCCAGGAAAAAGAGUUGAAAUCAAUAGAGAUAAGUGCCUCAGAUAUUGAAAUCUCACCUAAUAAUACGACUCAAAUCUCCAUUCACAAAGUGACUACCUCCAGCAAUUCCUCUGAUGUUGAUAAAAUAAGUGGAGAAGUCUCACGCAGUGAAAAUAUUAUUACAUCUAAAUCUUUAUCGGAGGUGAGUAAUGAUCGAGAUUCUGACUAUGAAUACAAUUUUAAAGAUCACUUCGAUAACAGUGAAGAUGACUCACAGAGUGAGAAUACUAAUACAACUAAGGAUAAUGAAAAUAAUGAAGAUUUCUUCAAUAAUGAUGAAGAUGAUAACGAUAAAGGAGGGUCCUGUGAAUUUUCUGAUGAUAAUAAAGAAGGAUAUUAUUAUGAUUUAAAUAUCAGUGAAACUUAUACAAAAUCGGAUCAUUUAAUCUAUGCAUAUUAA